GAGCACAAUACGAACGAUACGAACGAUACGAAGGAUGCAAAGGAUGCAAAGGAUGCGACGGAUGUGAAUGAUGUGAAGCAUCUGCCCGCCACUGUCACUCCAUCUCUGUCCCGGGAUGACCCACUUCGAUUCACCUUCGAGGCGCGAGCCCUCGCCGAUCGCCGCAUCGGCCUCCCUCCCAGGACCGCUCGCCCCGCCCCUCCAUGGCCUCCGCAUCCAAGAUGCAGCCCACCCGGCGGCAUAAAUACCGUGCUCGUCGCCUCCGUCUCGAGGAGGCCAUCUGCUAUCCACCCUUUCAAUAAUACCAUCCAAGCUCUUCUCUUUGCCCAGUGCCCUUUGCCCAUCGCGCCUCGCUCUUUGAUCUUCUGCACCAUGCACAACCACUAUCUUGUUGGUCUCGACCUCUCGGACUGUGCCCAGGAGCCCGCUAUCUACACCAUCGAGUGGAUCUCGGACCAUCUCCUUUCUGAGGGCGAUCAAAUCACCAUUGCCUCUGUCCUGCCCAACAUCGACUCGCCCGAGGUCCAGGAGGCCGAGGAGAGCACCACCCGCCGGGUCAAGGUGCUCCUCGAGUCGCUAGAGGCUCAGUAUGCCAAGAAGAAGGUUCGCGUCGAGAGCACGAUUCUGCACUCGUCGCAGGAGCCCGGCCUGGCGCUUUGCGAGAUGGCUGCAGAGAUCAAGGCAACCAACUUGGUCCUUGGAUACGACCCUCACAAGUCGUCUCACAGCAUCGGCAACUACUGCUUGGACAACUCCGAGGUCCCAGUCAGCAUCAUCCGGCCAGUGUACCACUACAAGUAGAGCGGUCUGAUCUGUCACAUUCCGUGAUUCCCCCCCCCCUCAGCUAAACAAGCAUGACGGGUUGUUGCCGUGGCCGUUCGCUGCAGCCGAACCAGCUCCAUCCGACGACACCUGCUCCCCAUCCCUCUAUUUCUCCACUUGAUCACUUUACUGUUUAUUAUUCGGUUGAGAUGUUGCUAGGUUUUGAGUAAUCAAACACUUUUUUCCGACACUUUAAACUCAUUCAUGGGGCAGUUGGCAUCUGAUCCUGGUCCGGUCCCGAGAGCAUGAGCGAGUGUCCCUCGCGACCUGAAAUGAAAAAGGAAUACUGC